AUGUGGCGCCCUAGGUGGGAUGCUGGUGUCCUGAAGGCCGAAGCCCUGGCCCUGCUCCCCUGUGGCCUGGGCAUGGCGUUCUCUCAGUCACACGUGAUGGCCUCUCGGCGGCACCAACAUGGCCGACUCAUCAUCGAGGUGGACGAGUACAGCUCCAAUCCCACGCAGGCCUUCACCUUCUACAAUAUCAACCAGGGCCGCUUCCAGCCACCGCACGUGCAGAUGGUAGACCCAGUGCCUCACGAUGCCCCCAAACCACCUGGCUACACACGCUUCGUCUGUGUUUCUGAUACUCACUCAAGGACAGACCCAAUCCAGAUGCCCUACGGCGACGUGCUGAUCCACGCUGGGGACUUCACGGAGCUGGGGCUGCCGAGCGAGGUGAAGAAGUUCAAUGAAUGGCUGGGCAGCCUGCCCUACGAGUACAAGAUCGUGAUUGCGGGCAACCACGAGCUGACCUUCGACCAGGAGUUCAUGGCGGACCUCAUCAAGCAGGACUUUUAUUACUUCCCGUCCGUGUCCAAGCUGAAGCCGGAGAACUACGAGAACGUGCAGUCUCUGCUGACCAACUGCAUCUACCUGCAGGACUCAGAGGUCACGGUGCGUGGCUUCAGGAUCUACGGCUCCCCGUGGCAGCCCUGGUUCUAUGGCUGGGGAUUCAACCUCCCGAGAGGCCAAGCGCUCCUGGAGAAGUGGAAUCUCAUCCCGGAAGGAGUUGACAUCCUUAUAACUCAUGGGCCGCCACUGGGCUUUCUAGACUGGGUCCCCAAGAAGAUGCAGCGCGUGGGCUGCGUGGAGCUGCUCAACACGGUCCAGAGGCGAGUCCAGCCACGGCUGCACGUCUUUGGCCACAUCCAUGAAGGGUAUGGCGUCAUGGCGGACGGAACCACCACCUAUGUGAACGCGUCCGUGUGCACUGUGAACUAUCAGCCUGUGAAUCCCCCCAUUGUCAUUGACCUGCCCACACCCCGGAACUCCUGACUGCUACCCACUCCAGUUUUGCCUGCCCAAGUCAGCUCUGUAUGUCUGGCCAAGAGCCUGGAUCCCCUAACCCACUUCCUCCCAUGCAGAACAGUCCGGACAGUCCAUUUGGUCAUGGGACCAGCCAGCAACAAGUAGAAUCCUUGGGAUGAAAGAAAUCGCCUUUAUCAGCCUUCUGCCGCCUGCAGCCUCGCAGGGGACACCAGGCUCAUUUCUGUUUUCUGUGUGUGCAUCUGCUCCUUCGUUCUAGGGCCUAACACGCUCACAGCCCUGUCUCACUUGGGAAAUGACAGAAGCUCGGUUUGAUGCCCUCUAGCUUUGAGAAGCCACUGCUCUCAGAUGGGAUUUGGGAAGUUUUAUACAAGAUGUCUAGCUACCCAAGUGUGUCUGGGUGGCUUGUGAGCCCCGAGGUUGGGGGGAUGUAUGGCCUGGGCACAGGCAGCUCUUCUCUGGCUGAGGAAAGGAGAUAGACUUAUUCCUCGUGUGCUUGGGUCUUGGGAGUGUUCAGGGACAUCUCAGGAAUUCCGACAGCCCCUGGCCAGGCCUAGAGCAGAUGGCUUGGUUUAGUCCCCCAGUCCUUCCUCAGGACCCUGCUGCCAGUGUGGACAAUGGCUGAGUGUCCCCGGCUUCUGCUCGGAACCUGGAUUUGUUGGGGGCAGGGGAGCGGGCUUUGUUCUUCUGGGUGGCCAACCUGCUGGUUACUCAUCGCAGUGAGGCCAUCUUAGAUCCUCUGGGACCACACUACUUUGUAGAUCACAAUGGCCAAGGUUCUGGGGCUGAGGCCUUGUGCCUGGUCAUAUACAUGCCCCAUGUGUGUGGCACGAGUGCUCCUCCAAACUUAACUAGAUUGUGAGUGUCUACAAUGAGCUCCAUCCAUCCUUCAUGUGAUUGAUUUCCUUUCCAUGGGUUCCAGGAAGCUUGUCAGUACCACUGAUAACCAGGAGGUGGCGCAGUGACAGAGCCACCCUGGGUGCUGAAGGCAACUCCCAACUCAGCCUCUGGUUGCAGCCUUUCUUGAGUUAGGCCUGGGUGAGGCCAUCUGCAGGGGACAGAGCCAGCAGGCCCUGAGUCAGGGGGAGGCAGAGUCCGUCGCUGUCUAUUUAAAAUGCUGAUAUUUGUUCUUUGUGGACUCUUUUUGCACUCAUUUCGAUUCUUAGUAACAGGUCACUAAAAUAGAAUUAUUUGUCCUGACUCUUGAUGUUUUACACCCUUUAUGUCAUGCAUCAGACACGAGGGCCUCACUUGCUGGGCCUGGUUCCACCCUUGGAGACCAGAUAUCCUGGUAUCUUUAUUCAGUAUAAUUUUGCUUUAUCUACAGACAUUCCUGCAAGGUAGGUACUCUUGCCCUGUUACAGAGGUGAGGGCACUGAGGCCAGAGAGGAGAGGUCGCUUGCCUGAGGAUACACAACACAGAAGGGGCAGCAAUGAGAUUUGGACCUCCAUCUCUGGCCUCACACCCUCACUGAGUUCUCACACCACUGGAGUUCUCUCCCUGCAAAGCAGGGCCUGGGUGGAGGGUCUCACUUAGUUUGGAAGGGUCCUGUUCAAAACCGGCUCUCGUUCCUUCUUAACGGAGAGUCCAUCAGACCAUAAGGAAUUCUGAGCUUUAAGCCUAGCAUCCCAGCAUCCUGUGGGACCCACUCCCAAAUCUUUCUCUGCAGGUGAGUGAGCUGGACCCUGUGGCUUCACUGUGGGAGGCUACAUUCCCAGGCCAUCUUUGGUGCCCUAUGUUGGCCAAGACAACUGUGCCCCACAGGCCACAGAGCUGUGGGAAUGGUGUGUGGGACAGUUACAAGGUCUCUCCUUGGUGCCUCAGAUGCACGGCGUGUUUGGGGCAGAGAAAAUACAUUUCCCUUGUGCUUUCUCAGCUCUGCAGUUUCUAUGUGGACCAAGAACUAUAAACUUAAGAAAUUUCCUAGGGCAUCUUCAGAAUGCGGCAUAUUUUUAUGUGGAGAAGAAAAGCUGUAGAGGCAGCUGUCUUGAAGAGAAAAUUCAUUGGAAGUCCUCAAGAUUUGAAAGAUGGAGGCCUGCUCCUCAAUCAUUUUGGCAUAACUUGAUUGUGGCUGUAAUUUUUUUUGUCAAGCA